CAGAGUCCGAGUCGAGUCCACCCGAGUCCAGAAACAUCCCGCGACCAAUACCGGACAAGAUCAGUCACAGCGAGAGGAACAAGAUGAUCAGAGUCUAUAGACCUACUACACCGACACACCAACCGCCGCCGCUAGACUACACCCCUGCACACGCUGUGUACGACAAGAAGGGUUCGGGGGUUGCUGUUCAUCUGUACUCCAGAUUUAUGGACUCACGUACAGUGUUUGUUUUAUUAUGGAUGUUGCUAUUGUCCACCUCCACUGGAAUCAAACUAGAUGUAAAUGGUUAUGUUGACAUUGUCAUUGCAAUCAGUUCAAAAGUACCACAGGAUAACAGACUUAUUGAUGAAAUCAAGGAGAUGGUCACUGAGGGGUCUUUUCACCUUUUUGAUGCAUUGUGUAAAAAGGUAUAUUUCAGAGAAGCUACAAUAGUAGUCCCACCUCGUUGGAAUGGUAUAAACUUUACCAAAGCAAGAACAGAGUCCUUUGGAAAGGCCAAAAUAAGAAUUAAUAAUGCUAAUCCAGCAUACGGUGUUCAACCAUAUACUUAUCAAUAUGGAGAAUGUGGAGCUGAGGGAGAGUUCAUUCAUUUCACUCCAGAAUACCUGCUGGAUGAUUCAUUAUUUGAGAUUUUUGGAUCAAGAGGAAGAAUCUUUGUGCAUGAAUGGGCUCAUCUGAGAUGGGGUGUAUAUGAUGAAUGUAAUGACCGUAUAGAAGCUACAAGGUGUAGCAACAACAUUAAAGAUCAGUUUCUGAAUAAUGUGACUGCAUUUUGUCAAGAAAAUAGGCACUAUUAUGAAACUCCAAACAUGCAAAAUAAAAAAUGUGGCAAAGCAACAUGGACUGUAAUAUUUGAGGAUUCUGUGGAUAAAGACGUACUUUGUUCUCUGAAACCACUGAAGUCCCGUCCACCACCACCAUCUUUCAAAGUUGUGCAGCGAAAGCAACGGGUCGUUUGCCUCAUUCUUGAUGUCUCAGGAAGCAUGGGACUGGGAGGCUCUAGAAUUCUUCAACUUCAACAGGCUGCCACACACUUCCUGCGGAACAUCAUUGAGGAUCAAGCCAGUGUUGGAAUUGUACAGUUUAGUACUAAGGCUUCUACUCUGAGAAACUUGACUACUAUUGACAGUGACACCACAAGAGAAAAUCUGAUCAAAUUACUGCCAAUAGAAGCAGAUGGAACAACAAACAUGUGCUUGGGCCUUAGUCAAGGCUUACAGAUACUUCGAGAGGACAAUGGGGAUGCAUUAGGAGAUGAAAUAAUUUUUCUGACAGAUGGUCAGGCAACGGAUAACAUUACUGAUUGUGUUCCAUCUGCAAUACAAAGUGGUGCCAUUAUACACACACUAGCUUUUGGUAAAAGUGCAUCUCAUGCACUGACAGAAAUGGCGAAGAAAACAGGGGGUAAAUUUUUAUCAUCCAAUGAUAAGACCACAUCUAACCAGUUAAUGGAUGCAUUUGCUUCAAUUACGUUAUCAACCGGAGAUUACACAAACGAACCAGUUCAGUUAGAGAGUAUUGGAGCAAGAACAUCUGAUUGGUUCAAUGGGACAGUAUCAGUGGAUCAGACUGUUAGGAACAAAACCAGCUUUGUAUUAAUCUAUGAAAGAAGUUUCCCUAAUGUUUACAUACAGUCACCAAGUGGCUCAGUCUAUACUCAGACAAAUAUGAGUGAUGAUGGAUCACAGAAAACCGUCACUUUAAAAAUUUCAGGAACUGCAGAGCAUGGGGACUGGAAGUUCAGUAUACAAACUACAAUACUUCAGGCUUUGACUUUAACAGUAACUAGUCAAGCGGCACAAGCUGAUGUUCCUCCUAUCAUUGUCAAAACCCACAUGAACCAGCAGUUCAGUGAUGGCACUAAACCCAUGAUAGUGUUUGCUGAGGUUAGACAGGAUUACUCACCUGUAAUAAAUGCUGAAGUGUGGGCUACACUGGAUUCAGAAACUGGCUCCAUACACACAUUACAACUGCUGGACAAUGGAGCAGGAGCUGAUGCUUUUCAAGAUGAUGGAAUCUAUUCCAGAUAUUUCACACAGAUGGUAAAUGGGAGAAGCAGCUUGAAAGUAAGAGUAAAGAAUCAAGAUGGACAAACCAGAAUUGCUGUCCUAUACGUACAUGGAUAUAUGAUAAAUGCGCAGCUGAAAACCCCAAAGCCUCCAGUUUCUGAUGAACCACUUGAGGUUGUAAACUUCACCAGAACAUCCACCGGAGAGAGUUUUGAGGUAACUCUUUCAGGCACAGCUCCACAAAAUUUCCCUCCUAACAGAAUCACAGAUCUGAGUGCUGAGAUCCAGGAGGACACUGUGUUUCUCAGCUGGAAAGCUCCUGGUGAAGACCUCGACCAAGGGACAGCUAAAUCCUAUGAGAUCAGGUGGAGCUUUGGUCUUAAAAUGCUUCGAUUCAACUUCAGCAAUGGUUAUUCUGUCAACACAACUGCUGUCACACCUCAGAAGGCUGGAACAGUUGAACAGCAUUCAUUCAAUCUCAAUAUCACAAUCCAAAAAGACACCACACUCUUCUUUGCAGUUCAGACGAAGGACAAACAAAAUGCUAAAUCUGAAACCUCCAACAUUGCUCAAGCUUCAAAAAUCCCCCCUGCUCCGAUAUCUUCAGAAAUAUCAAACCCAAACAUGAACUUGACAGUUCUUGUCAUUUCUCUGUUUGUGGUAUCUAUGCUCACUCUCUGGUCAAAUUGAUAUGGCAUUAAUGAUCACAAACGAAGGUCAAAACAAUCUUUAUGCCUAAUUUGACAUAAGGUGUAUACAUACUGUAAGUAUGUACAUCCAUCAGCAUUAAAAAAUAAUAAAUUCCAUCAAACAGAAUAUCUUCAUUUUUUUUUUUUUCUUUUUUUUUUUUUUUUGCAGCAUGUGUACUUUUGCACAAAUUAUUAAGAAGGAUUUCUGUUUUUGUCUAUCACGCAGGAUUCUGUGGACUGGAUAUUAAUAAUUAUUAUUUAGUGUACAAUUGUCCUCUGUAAUACAAAAUAAGUACUGAACUGUCUGUACCUCAAUUAUUGAUUCUGCUUUCACGCACCCCUGGUGGAAGACGACCAGUUUCUGAUUAGAAAACAGUAACAUUUGUUGAGUUUGCUGAGUUCUGCUCCUGUGUGUGGCUGAAUAACAUUACAUUGUGUCCAUGCUACCUGUAAUAUCUAGUGUUGAUUCUCAUAGUUCCUUUUUCUUUCUUUUCUUUUUCCUAAUAAAUAAAU